UCAGUGCAGCAGUAAAGAAGCCAAAGGCACACAACUCUUUUUGUUUGAGGGAUGCUCUGCACCAACAAAGGAAGGAGUUUUCCAUACACUGGGUGGUAAUUACAGUAGCAUUCUUUUUCUAGAAGCCUCUAAGACAUCUGCCACAUCACACAGUUGCGUCAAGCAGUGAGCAGCGUUAAAAAAACAAAAAAACAUGCUUUUUGGACUUUUGGGGCUGUUUCUGGCUUUGACAAAAAGUUGUUGGUGUGCACCACAGCAAACCUGCCAGCCAGGAGACCAGUUUUUGGGAAGAUGCAGCAACACUAUGACUGAAGAAAAACCUACUUGCACGGAGCUGCACCUGAGCUACUGUCAUGAUGUAGGAUACUCUAGAACAAUAUUUCCCAACAUCCUCGGCCACCGGACUCGUAUUGAAGCAGAGUCAGGGGCCGAGUACCUUCUCCUGAGUGUCAUCCAUGGACUCCUCAAAGGCGAGUGCUCCCCUGACAUGCGUCUGGUGGGCUGCUCGGUGCUGGCAUCGCCCUGUCAGGAUGACAAGAUGAUCAAGCCAUGCCGCAGCACGUGCGAGGCCCUGAGGAGGGACUGUUCCCAUACCCUGGAGGCCGUCGACAUGGCCUGGCCUUACUUCCUGGACUGUGACCGCUUCUUUGCCAGCGACCAAGAAGGCUGCUUUGACCCGCUGGCGGCGCUGAAAGCCAAGCAGGAGCUUUCAAGGUCCAGCCUUUCAGCCGAAGAGCCGAGCACCAUCAUCCAGUUCACGUACUCGUCUAACACUCAGAUGUACGCCCUGCUGAAGAGAACGACAGCCAAGUGCUCAGACAUCUCUCAAGUUUACAGCAUUGGGCGAAGCACCGAGGGCCGAGAUUUACUGGUCAUCGAGUUUUCCAACAAUCCAGGACAGCACGAACUGGUGGAGCCAGAGGUCAAGCUCAUAGGCAACAUGCAUGGCAAUGAAGUACUGGGCCGCCAGUUGCUCAUCUACCUGGCUCAGUACCUGUGUUCAGAAUACACCUUGGGGAACCAGCGAGUUCAAGCACUCAUCAACAACACCCGCAUCCACAUCCUGGCCUCCAUGAACCCAGAUGGCUAUGAGCUGGCCGCCGCAGAGGUAGAGGAUAACAAUGACCCGGAGCUCAUCAACCAGGAAGGUCACUUAAUGAACGGUUGGACAAAUGGUCGCGCAAACGCCCAGAACAUCGACCUGAACCGCAACUUUCCUGACCUCACAUCGGUCUUCUACCGGAACCGUCGGAGCAGGCACUACCGCACUGACCACAUCCCAAUUCCUGACGCCUACUGGUUUGGGAAGGUGGCGCCAGAGACCUUUGCAGUGAUGAAGUGGACCAGGUCACUCCCCUUCGUCCAGUCCGCCAGUCUCCAUGGUGGAGAACUGGUGGUCUCCUACCCCUUCGACUUCUCCAGGCACCCACACGAGGAGAAGAUGUUCUCCCCCACUCAAGAUGAACGGAUGUUCAAGCAGUUAGCUCGGACCUACGCCGAUGCCCACGCCACCAUGUCCAACAAUGACACCGACAGGUGCGGAGCCAACUUUUACCGGACCAGGGGUAUCAUCAACGGGGCGCUGUGGUACAGUUUUGCAGGAGGCAUGUCAGACUUUAACUACCUGCACACAAAUUGCCUGGAGAUCACAGUGGAGCUCGGCUGUGACAAAUUCCCUUCUGAAGCCGAGCUUUACCCAGAAUGGAAGAGGAACAAGGAAGCCUUGCUCAGUUUUCUUGAGUCGGUCCAUCGGGGGAUUAAAGGAGUAGUGAAGGACGUUGAUGGUAAUGGGAUCAAAGGCGCCACCAUUUCUGUCAGAGGGAUUCGAAAAGAUGUCACCACAGCUGAAAGUGGAGACUACUGGCGGCUGCUGAGCCCUGGUACUCACAUUCUGACCGCCACAGCUAAAGGUUACUCCCGGGUCAGCAAGCGGGUUCAUUUACCCCACAACAUGAACAAGGCCGGACGUGUGGACUUUGUCUUGAAGAAGGUUCCACUGGAGCCGGAUAUUGACGAUCACCUCUUCCCCAUCACGGACACAUGGGAUCGAUUUGACCCUUACAACCAGUUUGAGCGCGACGGCGAGCCAGAUGUGGCUGAGGGGGGCAUCGAGCGGCAGGAAAAACCCUGGUGGUGGAGCUACUUCUCCCAGUCUGGCAUCGCACCUCCAAACUGGCUGUUGCGAAAUGUCUAAACUCACCAUGUGUCACACAGCAUUUGUGUAGCAGUUCCAGAUAUAUCCAACAAAACAUAUAAAGGCUUUCUUCCGCCAGAUAUUUCAACAUGCAAAUUACUUGUUUUUGUUUUACGGAAAUCGUCUCCAAACAAUAUCGCAAUAACAAAGGGAGUACUGGCAGCUGCAAUAAAAUUGCACAUAAAUUGUUGUUAUAUACAGUCUGGUUACCUAAUAGGCCCCAAAACUAUGGAAGUAGAAUUGUCUCACAUCAACUUAUAUAUAUCAAUAUGAUAUUAAUACAUAUGCAUAUAUACAAAUACAAACGUGAUAUACAAAUAAAUUAAUAAUUUGUAUACACUACCGUUCAAACGUUUGGGGUCACAUUGAAAUGUCCUUAUUUUUUAAGGAAAAGCACUGUAUUUUUCAAUGAAGAUAACUUUAAACUAGUCUUAACUUUAAAGAAAUACACUCUAUACAUUGCUAAUGUGGUAAAUGACUAUUCUAGCUGCAAAUGUCUGGUUUUUGGUGCAAUAUCUACAUAGGUGUAUAGAGGCCCAUUUCCAGCAACUAUCACUCCAGUGUUCUAAUGUUACAAUGUGUUUGCUCAUUGGCUCAGAAGGCUAAUUGAUGGUUAGAAAACCCUUGUGCAAUCAUGUUCACACAUCUGAAAACAGUUUAGCUCGUUACAGAAGCUACAAAACUGACCUUCCUUUGAGCAGAUUGAGUUUCUGGAGCAUCACAUUUGUGUGGUCAAUUAAACGCUCAAAAUGGCCAGAAAAAGAGAACUUUCAUCUGAAACUCGACAGUCUAUUCUUGUUCUUAGAAAUAAAGGCUAUUCCACAAAACUUUUGAACGGUAGUGUAAAUAAACGCGUAUUUGAAAAUAUAUAUUUUUGAGAUUUGAAAAUAUAUACAAAUAAAAUGUAUACAUAUAAAAAUGUGACAUACAUAUAAAUCAAGAAUUUGUAUAAAUAAACGUGUUUUCGUAAAUAUAUUUUUGAGAUUUGAAUACAAAUAUGCUUGAUUUUGUAUUUGUAUUUGUACUCAAUUUGCAUAUGUGGAUCGCUUUUUUGCUUUUGUGUCG